CACGAAAACACGGUAGCUCCGCACUUGACUGUCCACCAUUUCCCUCGGACGGUCUAGCAAUUUUAAAAUCUUUCUGUCGUCAGGUUGUCGUGGCGUGAGGAACAGGCCGUAACGGCGCCGGGAUCUUGCCAGAACUAGCCUCCCCCUUUCACCGCCCAGAGAUCUGUACCUAGAUCACUAUCACUUCAAAUAAUUCCGUUCCCCUAGGACAACACAUCGUCAAUUCGACCCGACAAUCACCAACCCCCCUCCUCCGCCACCAUGGGUCUUCUCGCGACUCUCGCGGGUCCUCUGGCCGACAAGCUUGCCGGUUCCUCGGUCUUCGUCCAGGUCUCCGCAGCCUUGUCCGCCUUCGUCGUCCUCUCCAUCGUCGUCAACGUCCUGAAGCAGGUCCUAUGCAAGGACACCACCAAGCCUCCGGUGGUCUUCCACUGGAUCCCUUUCAUUGGCAGCACCGUCACGUAUGGCAUGGAGCCGUACAAGUUCUUCUUCAGCAACCGUGAAAAGUAUGGCGAUGUCUUCACCUUUAUCCUGCUGGGCAAGCCGACCACCGUCUGCCUUGGCACUAAGGGUAACGACUUCAUCUUGAACGGCAAACUGAAGGAUGUCAAUGCCGAGGAGAUCUACAGCCCUCUCACGACUCCUGUCUUCGGCAAGGGCGUUGUUUACGACUGCCCCAACUCCAAGCUGAUGGAGCAGAAGAAGUUCGUCAAGUUUGGCCUUACCUCCGAAGCUCUCCGCUCUUACGUCGGGCUCAUCACCGCCGAAGUCCAGGACUACGUCAAGCGCACACCUGUCUUUAAGGGCCACUCCGGCACAUUCGAUGUUCCUAAGACGAUGGCCGAGGUCACAAUCUUCACUGCUUCUCGUUCUCUUCAGGGCAAGGAGGUCCGCGACAAGUUUGACUCCUCGUUCGCCGAUCUUUACCACGACCUCGACAUGGGCUUCACUCCGAUCAACUUCAUGCUUCCCUGGGCUCCUCUUCCGCACAACCGUCGCCGCGAUGCCGCGCACAACAAGAUGGUCGAGGUCUACUCUGAGAUUAUCCGCAACAGGAGAGCAGGCAAGGUUCAAAAGGACUCCGAGGAUAUGGUGUGGAACUUGAUGGCUUCUACCUACAAGGACGGCACUCCUCUGCCCGACAGGGAGAUUGCCUGCAUUAUGAUUGCCCUUCUCAUGGCCGGCCAGCACUCUUCGUCUUCUACCAUCUCUUGGAUUCUGCUUCGUCUCGCUUCCCGCCCCGACAUCGCUGAGGAACUGCUCGAGGAGCAGAAGAACGUUCUGGGCGCCGACCUGCCUCCUCUCCAGUACGAGGACCUGUCGAAGCUGCCCCUGCAUGCUCAGGUUGUCAAGGAGACUCUGCGCAUUCACGCCCCGAUCCACUCCAUCAUGCGCAAGGUCAAGUCUCCUAUGGUCAUCGAGUCCAGCAAUGGCAAGCAGUACACGAUUCCCACCUCUCACACUCUCAUGUCUUCUCCCGGUGUCUCCGCCACUUCUAGUGAGCACUUCCCCAACCCCGAUCAAUGGGAGCCCCACCGCUGGGAUGGCGAGGCCCCGGCUGCUUCCAAGGAUGACGAGGAGCAAAUCGACUAUGGCUACGGCUUGGUUUCUAAGGGAACGAACUCUCCCUACCUGCCUUUCGGUGCGGGCCGUCACAGGUGCAUUGGCGAGCAGUUUGCCUACUUGCAGCUGCAAACCAUUCUGGGCAACAUGAUCAGGGAGUUCAAGUUCAGGAACGUGGAUGGCUCCAAAAAGGUCGUUGACACGGACUUUUCGUCGCUUUUCUCGCAGCCCUUGAGGCCGGCUACCGUCGAGUGGGAGCGCAGGGAAAAGAUUUAAAUGGUGGGUUUGAUCGCUUGAUCAAUCCAGGUUUGAACGAUUGACUAUUUCGUUAUGAGCUGCAUCUGCAUAGAAAGCAUUGUAGAUUGCAUAGAUGAUUGAAUGUGUCCGAUUUGGACAACACUUAGAAGCUAUAAUAAUAAUACCUUGCCUUCUUGGUAAUUAUAUUUUGCGAUUGAAC